AUCACAUUCCGUGCAUACGAGUAUCGACUUUUCAAUACGGAAGUUUCCUCUUCUAUCUUGCUCGGGAGCGUUCUAAGAAAAGAAAUCAAGCCUGAGAAAACCUCGAUUUUCGAGAUAAGUGUCUAAUUGUAAGACUAAAUUCUAAAGCAGAUUGUCUAAAAGUUGUUUAUUCACAGCGGUGUUACAUUAAUUUCGAUUACUGGACAAGUGAACGGCCCUUAUGGCUACCAACAACAAUUUACAGAAAGCUAUUGAUCUUGCCAGCAAAGCGGCUCAAGAGGAUAAAGCUCAAAACUAUGAGGAGGCUCUGCGUCUCUACCAGGCUGCUGUUCAGUACUUUCUUCAUGUGGUGAAAUAUGAAGCCCAGGGUGACAAAGCUAAACAGAGCAUUCGGGCAAAAUGUGCUGAAUACUUGGACAGAGCAGAGAAGUUGAAGGAGUAUCUAAAGAAGAAAGAGAAAGCUCCUCCUGCUAAGCCUGUCAAAGAGUCCCAGUCUGAUGAGAAAGGCAAUGACAGUGAUGAAGGUGAUGAUCCAGAGAAGAAGAAGUUUCAAAAUCAACUCUCAGGUGCAAUUGUUAUGGAGAAACCAAACAUCAAGUGGAAUGAUGUUGCUGGUUUAGAGGGAGCCAAGGAAGCACUGAAAGAAGCUGUUAUUCUUCCAAUCAAAUUCCCCCACCUUUUCACAGGAAAGAGAACUCCAUGGAGGGGAAUCUUGCUGUUUGGACCCCCAGGUACUGGAAAGUCCUAUUUGGCUAAAGCUGUUGCCACAGAGGCAAACAACUCAACAUUCUUCUCCAUCUCCUCAUCUGACCUCGUCUCCAAAUGGCUGGGAGAGAGUGAAAAGCUGGUGAAGAAUCUCUUCACCCUCGCAAGAGAGCACAAGCCUUCCAUCAUCUUCAUUGAUGAGAUCGACUCCUUGUGUGGCUCAAGAAGUGAGAACGAGAGUGAGGCUGCUCGCCGUAUUAAGACAGAGUUCCUGGUUCAGAUGCAGGGUGUGGGGAAUGACAAUGACGGAGUGUUGGUACUUGGAGCAACAAACAUCCCUUGGACCCUAGACUCAGCCAUCAGAAGAAGAUUUGAGAAGAGGAUUUAUAUCCCACUGCCUGAAGAGCACGCCCGCUCCUUCAUGUUCAAGCUCCACCUGGGUUCGACCCCUAACAGUCUCACUGACUCUGAUUUCGUCACUCUUGGCAAGAAGACAAAUGGGUUCUCGGGAGCGGAUAUCAGUGUCAUUGUCAGAGAUGCUCUAAUGCAGCCGGUUCGAAAAGUCCAGUCAGCAACCCAUUUCAAACGGGUACGAGGACAGUCAAGAACUGACCCUAAAGUUACUGUAGAUGACCUCUUGGCUCCUUGCUCGCCUGGGGAUCCCAACGCGAUCGAAAUGGGAUGGAUGGAUGUCCCAGGGGAGAAACUAAUGGAACCUAUAGUGUGCAUGUCUGACAUGAUGAGGUCUCUGGCCAACACAAAGCCAACAGUCAAUGAACAAGAUCUGGACAAACUGAAAAAAUUCACAGACGACUUUGGACAAGAAGGCUAGGUGGGAUGAUUGAGCCAAGCCAAACCAAAGCAAAGGAAUUGUAAUUGUCUCUCUAUACUGUCCUUUUGCUUGUCUCUUGUCUCAUCCUAACCAUUCACCAGGCCUGGUGCUUUAUCACAAGUGAGGAUUACUGCUGCGUUCAGAGGGUGAAAGACCUAGAUUUGUUUGCUAUUCACUGAUGUCCAAAGAAGAUUAUACAUGUUCUAUCUGCAGGUGAUUAAAAGUCAAUGACAUUUAUUGGGUUGUUUGACUUGUGCAGUAAAUACUAAAGGUAUUGUUCAGAAAAAUACCCAAGUCUAUAGGGAAACAAACUGCAGACACUACAAAUUGGGCCACUUAAAUCAAGAUAAUUUAUUUUAAAUUAUGACUAGCUCAUAUGUACGAUUUUCUAGUCUGUAUACAUCAACCUAAACUAACACAUGCCCCUUAUAUAUUCUUUAUUUUGUAUUUAAAAAAACAAGCAUUUUAUAUAUAUUUACUGUGCUUUGUGGAAUGUAAAAACCUUGGGCUGGGGAACUGAAGCAGGGCAUCAGUUCAUAAAAUUUGUCAUUGUGAAAUAGUGUCAUUCUUGUGUCAAGGUGGUGAACAUUGUAGGUUUUUGAGACAGAGAUACUCGGGAUGGGUUUCCACACAGUUGUAUUUGUUUACUUUAACAUGAAUAUUAGAAUGGAUCACCAGUGGUGUCAGACCAGCAUUGUUUUAUUGGUUUUCAAGGAUCCGGUGACUUUGAAUUACUAUGUGACUCAGCUCAUAUUUUUCUACAACUUGAUGUAUUUUGCGUUACUAUCCACAGGCUUUUCUGGUUAUCUGUAAUACAAACUGCAAAAAUUAAGCCUUAUACUAUUCUGAAUUUUGCUGAAAGUAACUGUUGAAGUUGGACAGUGAUGGCUCAGGUGGAAAGAUAAUCUCCUUGUAUACUGCAUCUCCAAACAUGAACUAUUUGUAGCCAUAAGUGGCAACGUGCACCAUGUGCCUUCUAGAAGAGCUGCAAUUCUUUGUUGUUUUUUUUUGUUGUUGUUCAUUCCUCAAUUGGACGUACUGCUCAUAUAUUGAGUGCUUUGCCACUACACUUAACAAAUGUAUAAUACUUACACGAUUUCAUGUGAGCUCUUAAAGAGACUGUAUACACCUGUACUGUUUUGCUCCCAAAAUGUGCAAACUGUCUCUUCCGAGUUUUUGUGGGGAACAUCUUAUUUUACUGUACAUGUCUGUACAUGUAGCCUAUGAUUCUUGAGCCUUUUCUUUGUAAAUGGGUCAUCCAUGCAUAAGAUUCUCGAUUUCGUUUCCAUGAUGUAAAUAAAAGUUAUACCCACAUCAAGAAAAGAUCUUAUUAACUCAUAAG